GGUUGUUUUGAUGUAACUGAUCAAGGCUGCUUUUUCUCGGGCGCUGUUGAUCUUCCUGUAUUAUUAUUUAUCGAAAGCGGAAAUCAUUUUGCUGUCACCUGAUAACGGAUAAAGGGUUGACGGCCGCCUAAACCAUGGAGUCCAUGCUCAAUAAGUUAAAGAGCACCGUUACCAAGGUGACGGCUGACGUCACCAGUGCCGUGAUGGGAAACCCUGUGACGCGGGAGUUCGAAGUCGGUCGCCACAUUGCCAGCGGAGGACCGGGGAUGAGCUGGAGAAUCUACAACGGCACGAAGAAGUCCACCAAGCAGGAAGUAGCAGUCUUUGUAUUCGACAAGAAGGUUCUCGACAGAUAUCAGAAGUUUGAGAAGGACCAGAUCAUCGAUUCACUCAAACGAGGAGUUCAGCAGCUAACACGUUUACGACACCCACGCCUUCUCACAGUCCAGCAUCCUUUAGAGGAGUCGAGAGACUGUCUGGCGUUCUGCACAGAGCCUGUGUUUGCUAGCUUGGCUAAUGUGCUGGGCCAGUGGGACAAUCUGCCUAGUCCUGUUCCCACAGACAUCAAAGAGCACAAACUCUUCGACGUGGAGACAAAGUAUGGCUUACUACAGAUUUCUGAGGGAUUGUCAUUCCUGCACAACGGGGUGAAGAUGGUGCACGGUAACCUGUGUCUAGAGAACAUCGUCCUGAAUAAGAGUGGCUCUUGGAAAAUCAUGGGCUUCGAUUUCAGCAUCUCUUCCAGCAACCCAUCAGAUGCAGAGCCCAAAUACGUAUGUAAAGAGUGGGACCCCAAUCUGCCCCCUCUCUGCCUGCCUAAUCCGGAAUACGUGGCUCCGGAGUACAUCCUGUCUGUCAGCUGUGACUCUGCCUCUGACAUGUACUCGCUGGGUGUGGUCAUGCAUGCAGUCUUCAAUGAGGGGAAGCCGGUGUUCAAGGUCAAUAAGCAGGAUAUUUAUAAGAGUUUCAGCAGGCAACUAGACCAGUUGAGUCGUCUGAGUCCAGGAGUGCUGAGUAAGAUCCCGGAGGAAGUGCGAGAGCAUGUGAAGAUGCUUCUGAGCGUCACAGCCAACGUGAGACCAGACGCAGACCAGGUGACGAAGAUCCCAUUCUUUGACGACGUGGGUGCAGUGACUCUGCAGUAUUUCGACUCAUUGUUCCAGAGAGACAAUUUACAGAAGUCCCAGUUCUACAAAGGCCUUCCCAAAAUCCUUCCCAAGCUGCCCAAGAGAGUGGUAGUGUACCGGAUCCUUCCAGCCCUCACCUCUGAGUUUGUGAAUCCAGACAUGGUGCCGUUUGUGUUGCCCAACGUGCUGCUCAUAGCAGAAGAGUGCACCAAAGAAGAGUACGUGCGUCUGAUCCUACCAGACCUCACCCCAGUGUUCAAACAGCAAGAACCCAUUCAGAUUCUGCUAAUAUUCUUACAAAAGAUGGACCUGCUUCUGACCAAGACGCCGUCUGAGGACAUCAAAAACAGCGUGCUCCCUAUGGUGUACAGAGCACUAGAAGCUCCGUCUACUCAAAUCCAGGAGUUGUGCCUGAAUAUUAUCCCCACCUUUGCCAACCUGAUUGACUAUCCGUCCAUGAAGAACGCACUUAUCCCCCGUGUCAGAUCGGCUUGUUUACAGACUUCCUCUCUGGCAGUGAGGGUGAACUCCUUGGUGUGUCUCGGGAAGAUUCUGGAGUAUCUAGAUAAGUGGUUUGUCAUCGACGAGAUCCUGCCAUUUUUACUUCAGAUCCCCUCCCGUGAGCCUGCUGUCCUCAUGGGCAUUCUGGGCAUCUAUAAGUGCACAUUUACCCAUAAGAAGCUAGGCAUCCCAAAAGAGCACCUUGCAGGAAAAAGUCUGCCUCAUCUGGUUUCCCUUAGUAUCGACAACAACCUUAAUCUCAACCAGUUUAACUCUUUCAUGGCCGUGAUCAGAGAUAUGCUGAGUCGGAUGGAGGCGGAGCACAAGACCAAGCUGGAGCAGCUCCACAGCAUGCAGGAGCAGCAAAGGAGCCUUAACCUCAACCAAAUAAAUGCAUCCGAAGAGACAAAGAGCAACCCCAGUCCACCCAGUCAAGUUCGAAACAUCGAUGACAUCUUUGGCGGGAGCUCGACGAGCACAGGAGUGAACGGCAAAGAGAACGGCUCCUCCACUGCCCCCUCCCAGCCCUCGAGAGUGUCUCUGACUCUGGAGGAGAAGCAGCGCUUGGCUAAGGAGCAGGAGCAAGCGGCCAAACUGAGGAACCAGCAACCUCUGGCUCCACAGAGCAUUAAAUCUGCGACAACAUCUACAUUUACACAGGCAAAAGACCUGACCAGCAGUCUCCUGAACAACAUGAGCUCGUUGAACAGUCUCUCGCUGACCUCUGGCUCUCGCACAGCACCCAUGCAGACGGGUGCGCUCUCAUCUGGCUUCCCCUCCACACCCACUGUGGCUGGCAUGGGCACCAUGGCUCCCAUCAGCAAUGGCUUCAACCCUCCCAUGGGCUUCCAAACAGGAGGCAUGGGCAUACGGCCUACCGCGCCCGGCCUCUACGGAGGCAUAGCCGGCACCAGCAGUACAGCAAACUUCAGUGUCCUCUCGCAGAACCAGAAUCAGUCCAGCAAGGCGGCUGACAUGUCUGCCCUGGACUCUCUGUUCUCAGGUAACAAGCCCAAAGUCAGCCUCAACCAAAUGGUCCCCAAACCAGCUGCCGGCACAGCACCCUCCCCCUGGAUCAACCAGUUUGGUACAGCCCAGCCCUCUCAGACUGCGCCCAUGCAGGCAGUACCGAUGGGAAUGACAGGGGCGCAAGGAGGGUUCGGAAUGCAGGCUAACCCCUUCUUCAGCCCUCAGAACUUCUCUCAGCCCGCUGCUGCUGCUCCCACCAUGCAUACAGGCAUGCUUAAACAGAGCAUGUCGGUCAACAACGAUCUGAAAGACCUCUUCGGUUAAAAGGCUUCUUGUUUCCAUCUGUCUAGUGACAGGAAGGUUAAAGGAGAUGAAUCGAGACAGACCAUUGUUUGUUUGUUUUUUUUAUUGUGCUGGACCUUGCAUUCAAUCAGAGGAUGACCACCAGCCUUAACCAAGCAGGGUCACGUCACACUAGUCUUACAAGUUGCACUCGUUUUGCUGUCAUCCCUGUCCGAAUAUUGCCCGCUAGGCAGAAGUGUGUUCCUUUGGUUUGUUCUCUAAUAUCUCACACACACACACACACACACACACACACACACACACACACACACACACUCACAUGAAAGCAGAAUUUUCCCCAAAUAAGGAGAAGGCAUGGAUAAAGCAAUGGAAGUGCUUCACCUGAGGAGGAAGCCAAUUUACUUGAAUGGGAAAUGGUGCAGGAAUUUGCUUUUUAUUAACUUUACACCAACUUCUUGGUGGACUUUUGGAAGAGCGAGGAAAUGAAACACAUGAGUGGGCUCUGGUCAAAAAGAAAUAGAGGGCCUGCUGAUUUAUUUUAUAGCUUUCACAACAGACUUCCACAUUGUUGCUCACAGUUGCUAGCUAGCGACUGUUACCAGAUUGUUCCUUUGGUAAAGUAACACCACACCAGGACUUCGGUUAAUGAUCUAAAUUUACAUCCGUCCUGACGAAUGAAAACACAAAGCGGAUAUCUGCUGUAACUUCUGCUUAAAAUAGAAUAAUAAUUUCCUUCAUGACGCAUUCUUUAUAGCGAGGUGUAGGGGUCAUGCAUUCUCAAGUUUGCGCCAGUUUUAUAGUUCUAUGCUAACACUCACUCAGCUGUUUUAUUCUUUUAGCGUCUAACAGACUGAAUUCAGCAGAAUUUGAUACCCAAACAUUGGCGAUUGACGAGUCGUUGGUUUUCAAAAAAAGUCAUUUUUGUGUACAACUCCUGGCAAAUAUUAUGGAAUCGCAACACUUAGAGGAUGAUCACCAGGCUUUUUUUACUUCGUGUGCUAAUAAACAAAUCACAGAUAUGACCCAAAACAAUCUUUGUUUAAUAGCUGAACAUCCUCGUUUUGUGAAACAUACCUCAUGUUAAAGUUAAAUGAAAUUAUUUUAAUUAAUGGCCAAAUCAAUUAGGGGAAAAAAAAUGACGGAUUCACCUUGUAAUUUGCAUUUCUGAAACAAAUACCAGCACAAGUCUAAAAAUUGCUAAUUAGUCUGCAGUUAAACGAGUGCUUUCAGACCUUAACCUUGGACUUUGUGAAAGGAAACAUGGCACCAACAAGAGAGUUGUCAGUUGAAACAAUGGAAGGGAUUCUAAAACUCCUUCAAGACGGAAAUCCAACAUGGAGUGUGGCAGAAGAUGUCGGUUGUUCCCAGUCAGGUCUGAAAUGUGGUGCAAGUAUAAACAAAAUGGGAAGGUUAUAAAAGGAAAACAUACGGGCAGAUCAAAGAAGACGCCAAACAUCAGGAUAGAAAACUCAACGCAAUGCGCCUUGAAAAUAGAAAAUGCACAACAAAUGAAAACCACAUGGGUGGCAACAGGAGUCAAUGUUUGUGACAGAACUGUAAGAAAUCGGCCGAAUGAAAUGGGAUUCACAUGUAGAAAAGCCAAACGAAAACCAGCACUAACACAAAAGAAAACAAGGUUACAGUGGGCUAAAGAGAACAAUGAUGGAGUGGAUGAUUGGAUGAAAGUGAUAUUCGGUGAUAAAUCACGAAUCUGCACUGGCCAAGGAGAUGAUGCUGGAACUUUUGUCUGGUGCUGUUUUAAUGAAACGUACGAAGAUGACUGAAGAAAAUAAUCAAAUUUCCUCACUCAUCUAUGAUAUGGUGUUGUAUGCCAGGACCUCAACAGUCAAAGCACAGGUGUACACUGAAAUUUUGGACACUUUUCUCAUUCCAUUGAUAGUAAAUAGCCUCGGUGGUGAUGAAGUCAUUUUUCAGGAUGAUAAUGCAUCUUGCCACAGAGCAAAAAGUGCUAAAGCUUUUCUGCAGGAAAAGGCAGAUCAACUCAAUGCCAUGGCCGGCAAACAGUCCGGAUCUCAACCCGAUUGAAAUUUUAUGGUAGAAAUGUGAAAAACUGGCCCAUGACAAGGCUCCAUCCUGCAAAGCUAAUCUGUCAAUCGCUAUUUAAGAAAGUUGGAACCAGCUUGAUGGAGAAUAUAGUUUUUCAUUAGUGUAGUCCAUGUCUCAAAGAAUUCAUGCCAUCAUAAAAAGCCCAAGGAGCAGCAACAAAGUACGAAUUGUGAUUUGUUUUUAAAAUAUUUUUUUGAUUCCAUAAUCUUUUGCUCUACUUGAUCUGGGGGAAAAAAUAUGCCAAUAAUGAAAACAGUUUCAGGUAUGUUUCAGAAAAGCAGAAUGUUCAGCUAUUAAACAAAACUAAGUGUGGUGAUUCCAUCAUUUUUGCCAGGGGUUGUAAAACUCCUCUAAACAGCAAUUUGAUUAAGAAGUGGAUUCUGGAUCAAAAUGGAUUAUAAUGCAUUGAAAAAUUUCCCCCCAUGGCCCUCCCUCAUAUUUCUGUUACUGAUAGGCAUCACUUUCGAUUUGCAAUAUUUGAAAUGCAAUUCGGACCGACGCAUUUGAUUAUAUAUUGUUUUAGUUCUUUUUAAUAUGGAAGCUGUUGCAUGAGGACUAAUACUAAUCGAUACAUCUAGGAAGUUCCCUCAAUCGAUCCAGUCCCCCAAAUUUUCAGUAUAUAAUACUGAUAUCGUAGCAUGAAGCAUAAUGCAGUGAUGCACACUCAUCAAUUAUUUGAUAUUGACAUAUCCUCAUUUCCCAGUUGCAGAGGCUGUUUGUAAGGUGGAACAGUACUUUGGCUUUGUAUAAAAUUGAGAAGUUUGUUGCUUGACAUCACGUGCUUUCAUGGCAUGUGUAUAAACACUCACUGACCACUUAAAUAGGAGCACCUGUACACCUGCUCAUUUACAGUAUGCAGUUAUUUCAUCAACCACUCGUGUGUCAGCAGUACAAUGCAGAUACAGGUUAAGAGCUUCAGUUAUUGUUCACAUCAGACUUUAGAAUGGGGGGGGAAUCACCUGGUCUUUUUCAAGUCUUCAACUGUCCAGUUUGGGUGAGUCUGUGCCCAUGAUUACUGACAGCCUCAGAUUCUUGUUCCUGGCUGACAGGAGUGGAACCUGAUGCAGUCUUCUGUUGUAGCUCAUCCACCUCAAGGGUCAUUUCGUGCAUGCUGAGAUGCUUUUCUGCUCACCACGGUUGUAAAGAGUGAUUAUUAUUAUUAUUAUUAUUAUUAUUAUGUCAGGUCAAACCAGUUUGGUCAAUGUCCUCUGAUCUCUCUCAUCAACAGGGCGUUUCAACUUGCAGACCCUCUGCACGCAGGAUGUUUUUUGUUUUCCGCACCAUUCUGGGAUUUUUUCCUCACCAGUAGACAGAAAUUGUAAAAUCAUAAGUGUGCAAUUGGGUUCAUUCUGAUACCAAUCCACAGUUUCGGGUUCGCAUCAGAGCUAGAUCAAUAUUCAGUGUAGGAUCUGUGCAUCACUUCUCACCACACGUUUACCGCAAGUGUUGAAGGAGUAAAUAAAUCACAAUUCUGGUGGUUCAGAUUUGAAUCAUGUAGUAUUUCAGGAAAUGACCACAUUCACACACUGGUGCUUGUACCAUGCUGUGUAAAUGUAGUCCUGACAACGGAUGACAAAGUGCGAGGAUACGAAUGUGUUUAAAUGAGAACGAGGGAGAAACGUUUGUAUUGUUACACGUAUGCUGGAGUUAUUACGAACUGACAGUGUGCUAUGGUUCGAGUUUGAGCGUAACGGAGCAAAUUCUUGUCGAUUGCGACAGUCCACGUAGGUGGAGAAAUUCUUGGACCCAGAAAUCAGGAACGAUUUCUCUAUAUGGCUAUAAAUUGGAUUCUAGACCACUUAGAAAGCUGCAAGUCGUCAGUCAAGUGUAGCGUACGUGUAGGUUCAGUUUGCGUCUGGCUUCGUGUUUGUCCGGCUGCUGCUGUUUGUGCGAGUAAUGUCUGUUUAGUGUUCGCGUAUCUCCUUACUGAUGUGACAGUAGCAUUGACACUGAACGGAUUCACAUGCUUAAAAAAAAAAAAAAAAAAAGAGAAGAAAAUCACACAUAGACCAACCUAACCUUUUAAUCUUUAUCAUGACCAAAUAGAUAUCAUGACUGUGUAUUAUAUUUACAUAUCAUAUGAAUGCAGUGUAUAGUAAACUGAGAUUUAUUUGACAUUGGUUGAGUUUUAACAAAUAAAAUAUAAAUUAUCUUGGGAUCACUUUCAUAAAGGGGACCUCUGAGUACAAAUGUACAAAAGAAAGAUGAUUUAUGACGAGAGCUGUGCAAUAAUAGGUCUUGGAAGGGUUUUGUAAAAUUGGCUUGAAGUCGAUGCGUGUUUUAAUCACAUUGCGGUCUUCAUAUAUGGACAGUAUCGAAUCUGUAUAAUUCACCCGCGUUUCCUUAAUUCAGCGUUUCCAGUUACUGUAGAUUUAGGCCGAAAGUAAGUCCGUAAACUUGAACAGAAUCUCAGAAGAUCUUUGUAUUUCAUCUGUUUCCUUUUCAACUUUCCUUUGCUAUGUCAUGAUCUGGUUUCAGUUUCUGAUCAGUAAUUUGACCUCUAAAUCAAAAGAAAAGAAACAAAGCCUAUUCUUCUAUCUUUAUAUUCUACCAAUGUAAUAUGUGUACAGUGUGGCACUUUUGUGAACUUUGUAUCGUGUUACGAGAUUGUACUGUCUGAAGUUGACAAUUUGAUGAAAAAAAAAAAAAAACGACAACAAAAAAAAAAACAA